AUGGGUCAGGAAACUAUCAGCACCCACACGCUAAAGAACGACGCAAUGACCACAAUCAUUGCUCGCACAACAACUAUCGUCUCUGAACACGAGGAGGUCGUUCCCGAAGGCCAAGGAGUUGUCGAGGGCAUCAAGAAGACCCUUCGCGACUAUUGGUUUCCUGCUUCCCAUGGUUCUGACGAGGAGGACGAUGCUGAACACCAACACCACCAUCGCGGACACCCUAACGGUCAACAUCAACAUCACUACCAUGCCGCGACCCCUUCCCUCUUUGGGUCCAACAGUGUGAUGCGCCGUGCGCACGACUAUUGGAAAUCCCUGACUAAGGAUGCCGAAGAGACCGCCAAGGAGAUGGUAAUCAAAGCUAAGGAGGCCAGGGAUGAAGCCGCCAAGGAGGCCAAGUGGGCCAUGUUUGGGUACAAGAAGGAGGCUCGCGAGGCAUACGAGGCCGCUGAGGAAAAGUACCGUGAGGCUCUAGCAGCUGCCGAAAAAGUCCACGAGGAUGCGAUUGAGAAGGCCCGCUCCCGUUGGUUCCAGCAAGCCGAAUGCACAGAAAAGGAGGUUGGCGAGGAGGCCAAGGAUGCAGUGGAAGAGUUGACGCACAAGAAGUGGGACCGGUUCAAGGCAGCGGUGGAUUCCUUGGCUUUUAACCCUCCCAAGUAUGCCUGUUCUCCUAGUUCACAGUAUUGGUUCUCGCGACAGAACCCUGCAGCUGACUCUGGCUGGGAUUGUCGUGAGAUCUGGGAUCAUUCGAACCAGGACGAUCAUGGACACAGCAUCCUCAAGUCGUUGCCAAAGAAGGAGUUGUCGCUUGACAAGGUCCAUGGAACCCUGACUAGUCUGUUGGCUCAGGCCGGACUCAAGGCCAAGAACUCGCCCUCGGCCACGUCAUUCGAGGCAAGUUUGAAGUCUGUCAAGGAUGGCUAUCAGGCGUUGUUGGACCGUGUGGCUCGCAACGAAAAGGGCGCCGUGGAGGAGCUUGAUUCAGUCGUCGAAAAGGUCAAGGUCAAGCUGAACGAGGCCAAAUACUUCGAGGAGCAGACCGACUCCUGGUUGACGUCACAGUGGAAUGCCGUCAUCGACAAUGCCGGUGAUGCUAAGGACCAGUACGAGCGCGUCUUCAAGAACUCGCUCAAGAGCGUCAAAAAGACUCGUAACGACAUCUACAGCUCGUUGUCUAACGGCCUUUUUAAGUCGAUCCAGCACGCUCGUAAUAACAUCAAGGACGCCGUCCGCCUCACUAAGGACGAAAUCGACAAGUCUAGGCUACACAAGGCCCUCCAGGAUGCUUCUUUGGGAUUCAGCAACGCCUUGAAGGAGGCCGAGACCAAGAUCAAGGCCGCUCCCAAGCAUGCCUACGACAACGCCAUCGAAUCGUUCAACAGGGAUACCGCCCAAGUCAAGGCUAAGCUGGAGCAUGCCGCCGAGGCAGCUCGCAAGUCUGGAUCGUCCAUCUCGCACCACGCAUCCAAGUCUGUCUCGUCAGCCGUUCACGGUGCCAAAAAAUCGGCGAACUCAAUCAAGGACAAGGCAUCGUCCAAGUAUGACCGUGCCACAGCUUCCGCUAGCUCGAUCUGGGGAUCUGCCACCAACACUCCCUUUGCGCCGUUGAUCAAGGCCCAGGACUCUUAUAACCAGCUAUUGGGCGAUGCCAAGACGAACCUCUUUGGCCACCAUGAUGCUAGUGGGCAUCACGAUGCCAACUCGUUGUAUGGAGCAUUGACGGCAUUGUAUCUAUUGUAUUUGGCUCGCAAAAUCUGGUUGCGUCGGAAUGCUUUCAAGGCCUGGAAGGCGUCCCAUGGCGAUCUGCACUUGACUCAUCGUGGAGCCAACGGUCGCCGCGACAGCCACAGCUCCGAGUCGUCGCACGAACACCAUGAGCAUCACCACGAGCACCAAGAGCAUCAUGAACACCAUGACAAGCAUGGCAAGCUCAAACAUCACGAUGAUGAUCACCGCGCUGUCCACAGCCACAAGAACGGUCACCGCGGCAAACACGGCCACACCAACUCAUUCGGGGCCAUCCUAACAAAGUACACCUCCCUGUUCCCCAUCACCAUGAUCCUCCUCACCGUUCUCGACUUGGCUGGCUUCUCCCGUGUAGGUCUCCACACCUUGUUCGCAGGUCUGAUCACAUCCCAAUUGCUUCAAUGUGGGUUCUUCAACAACCUCUUGGAGCAGCUGGGUAUUCUCGACAGAUCCCUUGGCGAGGGUGUUUCAAAGCGGGCCGUCAGUGACAUGGCCCAUUGGUUCUCCUGGACCGUUUUUGGUCUUGCCGCUGCUGCCAAUGCCAUCAAGGCCCUUCACGAUGGUCAGCACUAA